AUGGUCAAGCUCGAGCCCGAUCUUGAGGAGCCCUCACCUCCCAGUAGGCGGGGCGUCAUUGCAUCGGUGUGGGGAUGGUUUUUCGGCAAAGCUGAGGUGGAGCCCAAGCGGGAGGAGGAUCUGUUGAGCCAUUGCGACUCGCGGGCUAUGCUGGUGCUCGCGAUGGAGGGUACCCAGUUUAACGCAUGCUGGGGCGCAUGUCUGCUGAGAACGUGGAGCGUUCGUGGGCUGGUAGCUGCAGCUGUCGGUGUAGCACCGGUGCUGGUGUUGCAAGUGGACGCUGCCCCUCUCAUUGCUGUCCUGCCAACUGGCGGUCCCACUGUGACAGUUGGAGUUGUGGUGCUGGCCGGUGCUGCGGGCGAUGUUGGUCCUCCUUUGCAAACCACUACUCCCAUUAUGGGGCGUCGGUGGUACGCUGUCAUGCAGGGUCUUGAGACCGGCGUGUUCGAAGGCUGGACCGUCGUCCAGCCCCUCAUCAUUGGAGUGGCCGGCUCAGCUUUUGAGAAGGGUCCUUUGUACGAGGACACUUGGUGCAAGUUCCAUGCAGUGGAGGCCCUCGACCGCGUCCAGUUGCUCACCGUACUGUAG